CAUACUCACAAGUUGGCUCUCCUCUGCAUCUCCCGCGGAGCACACAUCUACCGGCAAUGGCGGCCACCUCCAUCGUCGUCUUCGCCGCCAGACCGUCGCCGGCUCUAGGGCUGCCUCGGCUGAGACUUGCCAGGGCCGAGGGGCUGAGGUGCAGGGUCAGCAAGAAGGCGUCUUCGGCUCUGGCUCCGAUGGUGGCCAAGGGCGCGCCGCUGCUCUCCAAGGCGAGCGGCAUGGCGUCAGCAGCCCCGAUGCUGGCCUCGGCUCUGGCGCUGGUAGACGAGGGGAUGUCGGGCGAGCGCGCCGGGCAGAGCAACGACCUGCUGGGGUGGGCCCUGCUGCUUGUCUUGGGCCUCGUCUUGUGCUUCUACGCCGUCUACUCCACCACCUUCGACGACGACGACGACCGGUCAGGUGGCGGCGGCAUCAUGCUCUGCAGCCUCGACACCACCACCAUCUUCUUCUUCUGCCUGCCUGCCUGCAUCUAUCAAGCAUGGAUGAACUGAAGCUAGCUAUAUACUAUGGCAGUGUUAAACAGCUGCAUACAUUAUGGGUUUGUUGUUGUACCGCGGAUCUCGUCGUCGGUACAAAGCAAGUUGAGCUGUAUGAAUCUAUGUCGUCUAGCUGUUACAAACCUGGGGUUCUAAUAAUCAAUAUAAGUUGUCUUAAA